CAUAUUGUGAAAAUCGAACAAAAGUUACAACAUUACAUCGUAGCACAUGCUCGGCGUUGCGAUGCGUAUGGGUGAGACAGCCGUAAGUAGCGUUAUGAAUUCACAAGAGCAAUCGUUAAGCCAGUCAGCGGCGUGGAUAGCUGCCGCUCAAGCCGUGCAGCAGCAGCAACAGCAGUCCGGUGGGUCCUAUACCGGAUCUCAUGGAUAUGGCAUGAGUCAGCAACAGCAGCAGCAACAGUACGCACAAUAUUACGCAUUAUACCAGCAGAUGCAGUAUAACGCGGGUUUCGGAAGCGCAAAUAGUGGUAGCGGUAGCAAUGCAGGCAACAUGAACAAUACAACCCCCGGGUUCACGAGUUCUGCUAUGUCGAGUGUUUCGGAUGGUAACUCCGAUCUAGGGUCUCCCGGCGGUGGUAUGUCGGGCAACAAGUUUUUCAGUUCUCCUCAACAACAGCAGCAAGGACAGGCAAACAGUGAUGGCAUGGGCUUCAAACAGGCACCGAGCCAGUUUGGACCGAUACGGUUCAACAUUAACAAGCACCCGCAGCGCGUCAGCCCACUCGUGGCUAGCAAUCCGCUCAUGCAAGCCAGCCAGAUCCACGCACAGCAGCAACAGCAGCACCUACAGCAGCAGCAGCAUCAGCAGAUGAUGGCCGCUUUCCAGAAUCAAAAUGGUUCGGGCGGCGGCAAAAAGAAGCGCAAGAAGAACAAAAACAACAACAUGAACCAGAACCAAUCGGGAGGCGGUAAAAACGGCAUGUUCAUGAAUGGGAAUGCCGGUUCAUUGAUUACGGCCAACAUUCCCCCGUUGAUGCCGGCCGGUUCAUUACCAUCCAAUACUGGUUCUGGCAAAUCCGUUGGUGGUGGAUUUGGGACGACACAACUCGAUCUCAGCAAGCCACCGCCACCAAUCCCGCAGGUCUCGGUGGGCGUUGGAUUGAUACCUCAACCACAGCCUCCGACGCCACCUAGCACCGUACCGAAGAAGCCUGAUCCGUUCCACAAUCCGACCGACGAUUGGCCACAGAGUUUGAAUGAUUUUGUGUCUCGCUGUUACGCCAAGUGCAAGACGGAUUUCGAUAAGGAUCAGAUCGACAUCUGUCUGAAGGGUCGAAUUACGGCCGCGGCUAACAAAGGCGAACUGUGGACGAAAGACUGGGAUAACGAGCCAGUGCCGAGCGUGCACAGUGAGCGGGCCAACCAGGUUCUGCUUCCGAAUCUAGGUGGCAACACUCUUGGAGGAAGCCUCGGGUUCGGGCUGGGUGGCAAGGCAAACAAAGCGGCACCCGGAGCCGGAGCGAUCGUUGGUGGAGUAGGACCGUAUCAAAGCCCGUUAGGUACCAAGGGUGCACAACCGCAACAGCAGUUCAAUAGUGGGAUGAAGAAGGGUAACAAUUGUACAGGGAUUUCGCCGUCGCUCGGCACUCGCCUGGGCGUUAAGCCCGGUGGUGGUGCUGGUUCCGGUGGGAAAAAGUCUCGCACUUCUCGUUCCCGGUCCCGGUCGCCGGCUCGUUACAGCAGCACCGGUAGCCGCAAUCGGCGAAGUCGCUCGUCCAGUAACGAAUCGCGCUCGUCACGCCGCAAGAACCGGCGCUCAUCGAACAGCGGCAGCAGCAGCAGCAGCGAGAACACCAACCGCCCGUUGUCGUGUGCCGCCAACAAAUCAUACGGUAAUGGUGGCAAAGGGUCAGGCAACUCCAAGCAGCAAAACAAUCACCAAAAGAAUCAGAAACACCACCAGCAGAAUAACAAAAAUCAGAACGGGCGUAAUCAGAAGGCUCAAGGAUUCUACUCCGAGCACGGCCAAAUUGGUGGUGCCGUCGAGGGUGAUCUGGAGCAGUUGAAGAAACGGGCCGCACGGUUCAAUGGAGGAGGUGGCAAAAAAGUUCCGGCAUCGCCCCCGGUCGUGGCCUCCAACAUUGUUUCACCGUUCAAUAGGAAGAAAAAGAUGGCCAUGCCCACGCCCGCUCGCUUCUUCAUCGACGACUCGGCGGAUCGAGAACACGACGAUGAGGUGGAUCUGUUCGAUCUGCAUAUUGUCGGCACUUGUCGCGAUUUGGAAAAGAGCUUCUUGCGACUCACGAAGGCUCCGUCCCCGUCCGAGGUGCGGCCGGUCGAGGUACUGCGACAUUCGCUGCAGAACGUCAAGAGGAAGUGGGUCGAAAAGCAGGAUUAUUUCUAUGCUUGCGAUCAGCUCAAGUCCAUUAGGCAGGAUUUAACGGUACAAGGAAUUCGAGAUGCGUUCACCGUACAGGUAUAUGAAACUCAUGCACGUAUCGCUAUGGAAAAGGGAGACCACGAGGAAUUCAACCAAUGCCAGACGCAAUUGAAAAUGUUGUACGCUGAUGUGGGUGGCGAAAACCUUCUCGAGUUCACGGCGUACCGUAUCCUGUACUACAUUUUCACCAAAAACACUCUUGAUUUGACCACUAUCCUUAAGUCGUUAACGGUCACCGACAAGGAGAGCGACACCGUACGAUUCGCUCUCGAACUUCGGACCGCUUGGGCGCUGAGUAAUUAUAGCAAUUUCUUCAAGCUCUAUCGAAAAGCACCAUUGAUGGCGGGUUAUUUGAUCGAUUGGUUCAUCGAGCGUGAACGAAAAUUUGCACUCAAAUCCAUUGUCAAAGCUUAUCGGCCCAAUAUUCCGGUGGAAACGGUCAGCCAAAUGUUCGGCUUUGCCAGCGAAGAGAAAUGCACCGAGUGGUUACAGUCGUUAGAAAUUAGCAUCGUUUCUGCACCAAUUCCGCCGACAACGGCGACAACGGAAGAGGCUGCUGCUGCUGGUGGUGUUUCUGCUAUUGCCGGAGAAGCUGCUGCUGGUGCUGCUGCUGCUGCGGCUGCUUCUGAUGCUGCGAGUACCGAAAUGAAAAGUGCAUUUAUAAACAAAACCACCGGAAUUUCCACGGCAAGAGAGAACGGUGUGCGGCAAGUGAUCGACUGCAAGACGAGUAUGAAUGUGCUGGGAAAUUUCUAAGGAUCGAUAAGAUGCGCGCCACGAACCGUGCACGCUCUUUUCGCCAUCACCGAAACUUUUUCCUGCGAGUGGCUGGCCCUCCUCCGAACCGUAUGCACCGUGCACGAUACAAUUUUUCAUUUGUCCGUCCGAUGGCUCCAAGCGGACGUCGCAUUACUGUGCCAAACCUGCCUCUCUCGCAACGCUCAUCGGUUUCGCUUCCUUAACCUCGUGCGACCCUCUGCGAGUUUGUCCCCCCUUGUGGUGGAUGAAGUUUCUGCACCGUGGAAGGAUGAAAAGAUGCUAUGUGACUUCGACGCGAGGGUUCGCGCCAUCUUUUCUCGGAACACGAAGGGGUUGCAAAGUAGUAAUGGCCAGUGUAGCAGCAACUGGAAGGUGAAAAAUUUGUUUUAGAAUUUUUCACCUUUCGACAAGGAUGGAUUCAGCUUUCGACGGAGGAUGUUGACGAAUCCCUCGCCACCUUCCCCUUCACGCCUCGGGGAGACAGCAUGCAGCACAGCAUGAGAACGUUCCGAUUUCUGGAGUUGUGGUCAAGGCGUUAUUUAUGCAAUUCGCAUGACCACAACCCGGUGCAAUCGUGUGCUGCGUCGUGUAGUGUGUGUUUGUGUGUGAUGCGUUUCCAAAAGUGCAGCGAUGGGCGUUGUUUAGGAACUUUGUGUGGCCAGUGAAGUGGUGCGCGAGUAGGUGGUGCAGAGAGACGACAGAGAUUGUCUCAAGAACUUCCUGCGGAAUGAAGUGGUCUUGCAGCUACCGGUGUGUGUUGUCCUUCGCCUCACUUUCGCCAUCUGCUGGUAGCACCGUAACUCGAAUUUCAUAAUCGAGGCAUCUUUUUUGGCGAUAAAUUGGCUCCUUGGAAUACCCAGCGAACGCUAGAGAGCUGUGUUCCGGGUAGCAGCUUACAUCACACGUUUAAAACAUCACUAAACACCCAAAAACGAGCGAUCAUCGAAGAAAUAAGGCUUCAUCUAAUUGCAGCAGUCUGAAAUCGGAUCGGAUGGAUUGUUCUUCAGCGGGCAAUCCUUACCUUCACCACUCUACAUACAUCGCACAAACCAUUAUGCUGUAAGGUAUUUCACCACAAACAUCCGUUCUUUAUGCUAACGUCGUCUGGAAUUGACGAACAGAGGAAAUGCGAACGGAGUGAUGAUUUGACGAGAUAAGAAAAAUGCGGUUUUGGUCGUAGUGUGGCGAGUGAAAACGAGUGUUUGUUGUGCGUGCCUUUGGGGUGUGUAAGAAAUUGACAUUAGCAGACUCACUUAACCAGAAACUCAACCCAGCAUGGACAGCAUUCC